AUGCCAUUUAAGGCAAACUUCGCACGGAUGAAGGAUGGGCGCCCCAAACGAUUCUGGAUAGAAGUUGGCGCCCACGCAUGGGAAAAUUUGCAAUUUUCUCCUGGCUUCGCCAAGUCCGAAGAUGACUUCUUGAUCUCCUUUGAGCCACUCCUGGAUAAGUAUGCCAUGCUCUUAGCCAGGUAUGAGGGAGAUGUGACAGAACGCCGACCGCUGGGUUUUCAGCAUAAACGUGGACUGGCUUUUCCAUUUGCAGUAGGAUGCGAGACUCGCUACACCUCGUUUACAGCGACGGACUAUGACAUGUGCAGCACAGUUCUGCCUACAGCUGAUGAAAGCUCUCCUGGCUUCUGGCCCCCUAACUGCCUUUCUGGUGCUGAAAGGCGUACUGUGCCCUGCAUUUCGCUGCGGCACGUACUGGAAUCAUGGUUGUCCGGGCAGGAGGUCUACUUUUUGAAAAUUGACGCCCAGGGCUACGACCUGAAUGUGGUGCAAUCGGCAGGCCCACUGCUGCGAAAG